AUGGUCUUGGCACAUUCCUUGCGCGACAAUGGGACCAAGGCCAGAUUGGUUGCGCUGUAUACCCCAGACCGAUUACAAGCAGCCACGAUCAAUGAAUUGAAGGUGCGUGUGACUCUCUUGCAGCGGCACAGAACCACUGCCGCCACCGUCGAGGCCAGAAUCGCAAAAUUGACUUUCUCAUCCUCUCUUUCUCUCUUCGAUCGGCAGACUGUCUACGAUGAGUUGAUCCCGGUCUCUCCGCUUGUCAAUGGCACACCGGCGAAUCUCUGGUUGAUGGAUCGGCCGGACUUGAUCUCCACCUUCACCAAAAUCGAGAUGUGGCGCCUGACCCAGUUCGAGAGGAUCGUCUACAUCGAUUGCGACGUGGUGGCCAUUCGGGCUCCAGAUGAGCUCCUCUCGCUGGACGUCAGCUUUGCCGCCGCCCCCGAUGUCGGUUGGCCGGAUUGCUUCAACAGCGGGAUGAUGGUGCUUCGUCCAAAUUGGAAGGAUUACUACGCGCUGAAGGCGCUCGCCGAUCGUGGCAUCAGCUUCGAUGGCGCGGAUCAGGGUCUCCUCAACAUGCAUUUCCGGGAUUGGCAUCGGUUAAGCUUCACGUAUAAUUGUACUCCCAGUGCAAACUAUCAGUACAUCCCCGCGUACAAGCAUUUCCAGCGUGCGAUCAGUCUGAUCCAUUUCAUCGGCGCCCAGAAGCCAUGGACUCUACCGCGCCAGAUGGUACCCCUGGAGUCGCCGUAUAAUCAAUUGCUGAGGCACUGGUGGUCGGUCUAUGACAAGCACUACCGCCCCUCUUCGGUAGGCACCAGCGCAGGACAGGGCUCAUCGGUGGGGAACGUGCAUGCUGACUCUGUCCUCCAGGGGUUCCUUGACGGUUCUCGACCGCCCAGCGGCAUCAUCCUGCCCGCGCCAGGGAGCCAUGUUCCAUUGGGUCACCGCCGAUCCCGAUCAAGCCAGUCUCUGAAGAAGGUGCAUUUCGAGGAUACCCUGCGAGAGCCGGUGGGAGAAUACGUGGCAGCCUCUCCCAACCUUUCGUCGUCUUCAUCCCACGAAGCGAGUCCCCCAGGCCCCGUCCAAUCUCCUCCCCGCCCUUGGCAAGAGACUCCGCCGGCGGCCCAGGCCUUCACAGACAGUCGGCCAUCUGAGACUGCGAGUCAGCAGUCGGUCGACAACUUGCAUGAUGCGCAAGAUGUGCAAGAUGCGCAGGAUGCCCCUUCUACCCGUCCAGAAAGUCCUGCCCCCGUGGCUCCAGUCCUCAGCGCCGUGCCUCAGUAUGUACGCGGAGAGGAGCACGUCUCGACGUACAUCUCGCCAACCCCCCACGCCCAAGCACCCGUCUUUCAAUCCGAAAAGGUCCCCACAUCCCAGCCUUCACAUUUGGGGGAGCCUCUGCAGAAUCAGAGGCACUCGCAGGCUCCCGCACCCCCACCGUCAAUGCAUCAUCCGCAGCCGGUAUCGCCAGUGCGACAAAUUCAAGAGCCACGCCCAUCUUCACCUCUUCGAGAGCCAGAAGUCCGAUCAUUCGAAGCGCCCAAGGCCGAGUGGGAUGCCUCGAGAGAGCCACCACCCCGGCACUCCAAGCCAGAAGCAGCCAACCUCCAGCAUCAGACCUACAGCAUGUCCGAAGAUACCACGCUAUUUCGACCGCCACCGUCGUACCCCGAGGCACCGAAAAACAUGUACUAUCAAGUUCCCCCUACCAGACCGGAGCCCCGGCAAUUGAAGCAAAUCUUCCCCUGGGAGAAUCAUGCCCCGACACCGACUCGUGUGUUUGCCCCCGAACCAUCUUCCCCGUUGAGCUCCCCACCAAAUGAGCCGCAGACGGCCCAGUCCCCAUCACCGCCACCGGUGAGAUUACCUCUGCGAGCUCCAUACGAGCCAUCGGCCGAGACUUGGGAUGCGUACAGUCGCUCCAAUGCGUGGGAUGAAGACCCUGAUAUCCAACGGUACAUAGCUUCGAUUCAGCAGCCCCGACGUGUCCGCACACAGGUGAUAUCGGGCUCCAGCCACUCAAGCACGAGCGGGUGGACCAGCCACAGUCAGACGAGCUCUGCCGCCACGACCAUGACAGGACCUUCUUAUGAUCAACGACCCAGCGUGAUUCUGACCAACUUCCCGAGCGAAGUUGAACGGCCGGUGCUCCCCGUGACUCCUGCGCCGAUCGAGCGUCGAGGGUAUCUGCAGGAUGACGACCAGGAGGCCUCCAGUUCGGCCGCCCUUCCGGCUGCCGAGGGAGUCCCCGACCAGCAGGACUGGGUGGGUUUCACGGUUGAUGUGUUUUCCGAUCUCCUCCGAACAACGUACUUAUUAUGGCGGUUUACAGAAUCCUCUGACCAGUCUGGAAGAAUUGCGCCGCCGACAGUCCGAGGUAUUGGAGCAUCCUGA